AUGACUGUUGAAAAUGAGGAAUUGGCGUAUACACUUGUGUUUGACCCUUCACGCAGUGGAAAUUCCUACACUGUAAGUGAUUUUCAGAAGGCACUGGAAAAAGGAUCGGACGAAGAUAAGGUUGAAACUAUGAAACAUAUCCUGGUCACUAUGCUGGAAGGAAACCCCUUACCAGAGUUGUUGAUGCAUAUCAUCAGGUUUGUUAUGCCUUCAAAAAACAAAAAAUUGAAGAAACUCCUGUACUUCUAUUGGGAGAUUGUCCCAAAAUUGGACGAGGAAGGAAAAUUGAGACAUGAAAUGAUCUUGGUUUGCAAUGCGAUCCAGCACGAUUUACGUCAUCCAAAUGAGUAUAUCAGGGGUAAUACUUUAAGAUUUUUGACAAAAUUGAAGGAAGCAGAAUUGUUAGAGCAAAUGGUUCCUUCAGUUUUAGCUUGCUUGGAAUAUCGUCAUGCUUACGUCCGCAAAUACGCUAUUCUAGCUGUUUUAUCCAUUUACAAAGUAAGUGAUCAUUUGUUGCCUGAUGCCAAGGAUGUUUUAAAUACAUUUUUAGCUGCCGAAACUGACCCAAUUUGCAAGAGGAACGCAUUUGUUGGGCUAUCAGAGCUGGAUCGUGAGGCUGCUUUGAUAUAUUUGGAAGAAAAUAUCACCGCGAUUGAAGCAUUGGACCCAUUAUUGCAGGCCGCUUUUGUGCAAUUUAUAAGACGCGAUGCUAUACAUACACCAACUUUGAAAGCACAAUAUAUUGAUUUGUUAUUGGAUCUUUUGAAGUCGACAACAUCUCACGAAGUAAUUUUUGAGACAGCUUUAGCUUUAACCGCUUUAUCUUCCGACGCAUCUGUAUUGACAGUUGCUGCUUCGAAAUUGAUCGAUCUUGCCGUCAAAGUCUUUGAUAAUAACGUGAAAUUGAUUGUAUUAGGAAGAAUUGAUGAUAUCAAUGACAAGAAUCCUGGCUCCUUAGAAGAAUUGACUCUGGAAAUAUUACGUGUUUUGAAUGCUGAAGACAUGGACGUCCGCAGGAAAGCUCUUGAUAUUGCAAUGAAUUUAGUUACUUCAAGAAAUGUAGAUAAUGUUGUGAGACUUCUAAAGACAGAACUGCAAAACACCGUUUAUAACAGUGAAAAGGAAAAAUCUAUGGAAUAUAGACAAUUGAUAAUUAAAACAAUUCAUGUUAUUGCUAUCCGUUUCGUUGAAGUUGCCGCAAACGUGGUAUCUCUACUUCUGGAUUGCAUUGGCGACUUGACUUCUUCUGCUGCAAGUGGUGUCAUUUCCUUUGUCAAAGAGGUCAUCGAGAAAUAUGCUCAUUUAAGAGAACCCAUUUUGAAAAAUUUGAUUAUGGUUCUUGAUAACGUGAAAUCAGCCAAAGCCUACCGUGGUGCUCUAUGGAUUCUUGGUGAGUAUGCCGAAACAUACCAGGAAAUUCAAAGGUGCUGGAAACAUAUUCGCAGCAGCGUAGGUGAAGUACCAAUUCUGCAAACCGAAUUGAAGAGAAUCAGCGAGAAUUCAGAAAAAGAUGAAGAAACUGAUGAAGUUCCUCAAAAAAGAACAGGACCUAUCGUCUUAUCUGAUGGUACUUACGGAUCCGAAAAUGCUUUUAAUAGCGAAAAGUCAUCCUCGGAAGAUGAGCGUGAUUUGAGACCUCCCUUGCGUCGUUUCAUCCUGAAUGGUGACUUCUAUACAGGCUCAAUUCUAGCAAGUACUAGCAUAAAGCUUGUUUUAAGAUUGGAAAAAACUUCUAGAGAUGAUAGUAUUUUGAACGCUUUGAAAGCCGAAGCUCUAUUGAUCUUAGUAAGUAUAAUUAGGGUUGGACAAAGCAGCUUAGUAGAGAAGAAGAUUGACGAAGAUUCUCUAGAAAGAAUUGUUACUGGAAUCUCUAUUCUGAUGGACGAUUUGGAUCCAACUGAAAGCGAUGCAGAAAGGAAACUACUAGAGACAGCUUUCUUGGAUGCCACAAAAUCAUCUUUCAAGACCCAGGUGGCUCGUUCUAAACACAAGAAUGCCAAAAUAUCUGCUAGAAACUUGAGCAAGGCUGCAGAACCUAUUGAUGCGCCUGUUGCAUUUAGGCAAUUCGCACAUGCUGAUACGCGUGCUGCUGAGGAUGACAUGAUCGAAGAAGACUUGCAGCUGGCACUGAAGGGAAAUUACGAUAGUUUAAGCGCAAAUUCAGCUAUGUCCAAGUUGAGAAAAGUCGUGCCGUUAACCGGAUUUUCUGAUGCAGUUUAUGCCGAAGCUUAUAUCACGACUCACCAAUUCAAUGUCGUUUUGGAUGUUCUUUUAGUUAAUCAAACAAGAGAAACAUUGAAGAACCUUCACGUUCAAUUUGCUACGCUGGGUGACUUGAAAAUUGUUGAUACUCCUAGUAGUACUAAUGUAGUUCCUCACGGGUUCCAUAAAGUCUCGGUUACAGUCAAGGUGUCCUCUGCUGAUACAGGAGUCAUUUUUGGCAAUAUUAUUUACGAUGCUGCCCACGGUGAAGACGCACAUUAUGUUAUUUUGAAUGACGUUCACGUCGAUAUUAUGGAUUAUAUCAAGCCAGGUAAGACAGACGACGAGCAUUUCCGUACUAUGUGGAAUGCGUUCGAAUGGGAGAACAAAAUUUCUGUGAAGUCACAACUUCCAUCUUUACACGCAUAUCUUGAAGAACUGGUGAAAGGUACCAAUAUGGGAGUUUUAACUCCUGCAGAAGCUCUAGGAGAAAAUGAUUGUAGAUUUUUAAGUUGUAACUUACACGCAAAAUCGUCUUUCGGUGAAGACGCUCUCGCCAAUUUGUGCAUUGAGAAAGAUCCAUCUUCGGGCCAGGUAGUAGGUCAUGUCCGAAUUAGAUCAAAAGGUCAAGGAUUGGCCUUAUCACUUGGUGACAGAGUAGCAUUGAUAGCUAAGCAAACAGGGAAAGUGCAACUCUCUCGUGUUUGA